UUAUAUUUAAAUUUCAAAAUAUUUCAUUUGUAACAUUUCAGGAGUCAAAUAAUGAUGUUAGAAAUACCUUACAAUCACAGUUUGGAAAAGAAAAAUAUGAAAAAUUUAAGAAGACUGGACAAAAUUCUUAUCAAGAUCAAAGGACAAAUUCAAAGAAAAAUAAUUAUAUACCUAGAGAAUCAGAAAAUUUUCAUUUGUCUCAAUCAAACAAUGAUAGAUUACAUGAUAAAGGUUCUGGAAAACUAAAUGAUAAUCAUACUAGAACUAAUACUAGAAAUUUUAGAGAUAUAGAUAAAAUGAAAAAUAGGAAUUGUGAGAAAAAUUUAGGAUCUGAAUCAAAACCUUAUUACUCAGAUGGAAGAAUGUUACAUAAUAAAUCUAGUAGAAAUAGAUUUUGUGAUGAAAAUGAAAGGUUUGUGGAAAAGAAAUCAAAUUGGACAGAUAGCUGUAAUGAUCAUAUGUUUUAUUCUUCCACAUUGGUGCCUUAUAAGAAUAAUGAACAACAGUUUAUACCAAAGGAAGGAAAUAGAGUUCUUGCCAAAUAUUGGGAAGAUAAUAAGUUAUAUCCGGCUAUUGUCCAUGCUGUAUCUUCUAAUGGAGCAACUUGUGUCGUUCAUUUUGUGGAUUACGGAAACUAUGAAGAAGUGUUAAUUCAAGAUGUAAAACCAUUAGAAUCCGAUUGGAAUUACAAUCAUUCAAAUGGCAAAUCAUCAAACUCCUUUCCAAAUGGUAUGUUACAACAGAAUUUUGUUGGAACUCUAGAAUUCAGACGAGGUGGGAAUAAGCCUUACGUUCAUAUGGAUACUAUAGACAAUUCGCCUCAAGGACAAAAAAGAGAAGGAAACAGUAGACCAUCUAGACAACUUUAUCAACCGCCUGCCCAAAGAAGACACGUCAUACCCUAAAUGUUUUUACAGAUAAAAAAAAUCUUAAGUUUUGACGAAUCUAAUUUAAAUAUUUAGUUAACAGUCAGAAAUCUUUAUUUCUUUAAUCUUCACUAUUUAUAUUGUGUUUAAACAAACUUUUAUGCAAUUUUAUCUUCAUUACAUUAAAAAAAAUGUUCUAUAUAGUACCGAAAAGACACUGCCAAAGUUUCUUCCAAUUAUUCUAUGUGCAUUUGUCUCAAGUGAAAUUAUUAUAUAGUUCAGUAAUACCUAAUUUAUUAUGAGACAUUUUUGAAUGUGUUUAUAAAUUUUUUAAUUGUCGCAAUAAUUAAUUUAAUAAAAAUAUAUAUACAAAGAAAAACAACCUUUUGAUAUAUCAAUAGCUUUCUGAAGAAUUAACAUAAAAGUUUGUAAGUAAAUUGUUUUCUCAGACUUAAUAUGGGAUAGCGUGUCUUAACAGUACAUUAUAUCUCAACAACAUUUAUCUAAUUUUUAGUAUCUUUUGUUGUAAUAUUAGUUGUGAAAAUUAAAAUUGUAAAAAUGUAUCUUUAUUGAGAAUAUUUAAAUUAAAACUGUGUAAUUUAUCUCAAAUAGUUAUCAAAUAGUUCUGCAACAUAAAAUUACUAAUAUAUGCAAAAAUGUUAUAACAAAUCUUUUAAACUAAUUGUCUACCUCCUUUUAAAUGUCUUUUUUUUUUGUGUAAAAAAAG